UCGCCGUAGGGAGAGGUUAUACGUUUCUAUCUUUCAAAUUUAACUUAAAACCGCAAUAAAAACGUGUGUGUAAUAAAUACUCUGCAGUGUUGUAUUGUGACGUAAUAAGUGAUAUUUGUUGACGCCCUUCUUGAGGGGUGAUUUGCGCAAAUACAAAAUAAGUCGCAACAAACUAGAAAUGUCAGAAGUAAGCAGUGAAACAAUCCACAUACCCCCAUAUCACUGAAUCUAAAAUGACGUCAGAGAAUCCAGUAGAUGUAGAAAAUGCGAACGUGAAAAAGUCAGACGAGAAACAGACAAACAAAAAAGACAACAAUCAAACUCAUACUCUUAUGAAACUAUUCUACGAGUUACCUGACGACAUAAAACCAAACGGCAACAUGCUGAAAGAAACCCCACCGAUAACGAUUGUUGAAAUCACCGAACAGAAUGGUUGUGAGCUAAACAGCGCCAGAAUAUGUGAUAGUUUUAAAACUAGUCCAGAAAUAGGCAAUAAGGUAUACGAUUUAGAUGAACAAUGUCCAGAAGAUAGGGAAAUAGAUAGAACCACUCCAGAUGACUGUACGGAGGAAGAUUUGGAAGAAUUAAAGAAGUUAUUAGAAAGCAAGCCUAGGUUAUUAGAGAAGUAUUUGAGGGAUUGUGCGUCAGUGGAGGAGGUGAAUAGAGUGCAUUGUAUAACAUCUGGUGGACCUUUAUCUCCACGACCGAGACACGAAGCGAGAAGUACGUCUGUGACGUCAGAUCUCUUCCAAUUAUGGCUGUCGUCGUCUCCUGUCAAGAGAUCACGGUCGCCAAGCAGCUCAGCUCAAAGACAGCUCGAUGAAGCUGAUCUUUUCAUGGACCUCAUCAAGGAUGUCGCAAAUGAAUUGGACAUUGAUGUACUCUGUCAUAAGAUCCUCGUGAAUGUGUGCUUGUUAACAUCAGCAGACCGAGGCAGCUUAUUUCUGGCCAAAGGGAGUCCACCUAACAGAUACCUUCAAGCCAAACUAUUUGACGUCACGAGGGUUACAGAGUUAUCCGACGCGCUACGAAUGGCAAGAACACAAGAAAUAAGGAUACCUUUUGGUGUUGGAGUGGCGGGCUUGGCUGCUCAGACGAAACACCCGAUUAAUAUUAAAAAUGCUUAUGCAGAUCCUAGGUUUAACAGUGAAAUCGAUGCCCAAACAGGUUACAAGACGGAAUUAAUACUCUGUAUGCCUAUAUGUAACUAUGAAGGUGACGUCGUCGGUGUGGCACAGAUAAUAAAUAAAACCGAUGGUUCCAAAGAAUUUUCCGCUCGAGAUGUAGAAGUAUUUCGCCGGUAUCUAACCUUCUGCGGCAUUGGCAUACAAAACGCUCAGUUAUUCGAGUCUUCCGUGCUAGAGUAUAAAAGAAAUCAGAUCCUUCUAGCACUAGCUAGAAGUAUAUUUGAGGAGCAGAAUAAUUUGGAAUGUCUAGUGACGAAGAUAAUGACCGAAGCACGGGAGCUGUUGAAGUGUGAAAGAUGCGCUGUAUUUAUAUUAGACACAGAUCAUUGUGAAUCGAGUCACUUGGAGCGUAUAGUACAGCGUCCGGGCGGGCGGCCAUCAGGCUAUCCUGCCCUACCACCGCCCGCCCCAACCCGCUUUCAUACGCUCUUCGAGUUAGGCGCUCACCACUCUCGAACAACAUUGACGCCCAGACAUGACACAAAGUCGACGUUGGCAUCUAUUGCAUUGGCGGUAGCUCAAUCAAAUAAGGCUUUAAACAUAUCAAAUGUGGACGAUUGGCGUCGAGAUAACGGCAUGACUGACAAAGAGUGUGACGAUGCAGCCAAUGUUCGGACCAUGCUUUGUAUGCCUAUUGUCAAUGCUAACAAGGACGUCAUUGGAGUCGCACAAUUGAUUAAUAAGGAAAAUGGUUCUCAAUUUACUGAUGGUGAUAUAUCAAUAUUUGAAGCGUUUGCAAUAUUCUGUGGUCUGGGAAUCCACAAUACGCAAAUGUAUGAAAAUGCCUGCAAACUUAUGGCGAAGCAAAAGGUUGCUCUUGAAUGUCUCUCAUAUCAUGCGACUGCGUCAUCAGAGGAUACAACCAAGUUGUGCCAAGAUGUUAUUCCUUCAGCGGAAACGUACAACCUUUAUAGCUUUAAAUUUCAUGACUUCGAUCUAUCAGAUGAGGAUACGUGUAGAGCCACCUUGCGGAUGUUUCUUGAAUGCAAUCUAGUGGAAAAGUUUCACAUACCAUACGACGUUCUCUGCCGAUGGACUCUAAGUGUCAAAAAGAAUUACCGCCCAGUAAAAUAUCACAACUGGAGGCACGCACUUAACGUGGCACAGACUAUGUUCGCUAUGAUGAAAACCGGCAAAAUGGAACGUUUUAUGUCAGAUCUGGAAAUAUUGGGCCUCCUUGUCGCUUGUCUAUGCCACGAUUUGGACCAUAGAGGCACAAAUAACGCGUUUCAGACGAAAACCGAGAGUCCUCUCGCGAUUUUGUAUUCGACGUCGACAAUGGAACAUCAUCAUUUCGAUCAGUGUGUCAUGAUCUUGAAUAGUGAGAGCAAUAACAUUUUUCAGGCUCUAUCACCAGUGGAUUAUAAAUGCGUGAUGCGCGUUGUAGAGACUGCUAUAUUAUCCACGGACCUUGCGAUGUACUUUAAGAAGAAGUCGAAGUUCCUAGAUCUAGUGGAUAAUGGAGAAUUUGACUGGCAGAGUCCUGAGAAAAAAGAAUUGCUAUGUGGCAUGAUGAUGACAGCGUGUGAUGUGUCAGCUAUUGCUAAACCGUGGGAAGUCCAACACAAAGUGGCCAAGCUGGUGGCUGAUGAGUUCUUCGACCAAGGUGACCUUGAGAAGCUGCAGCUCAAUCAGCAGCCUAUCGCUAUGAUGGACAGAGAAAAAAAGGACGAGUUACCUCAAAUGCAAGUUGGUUUCAUCGACAUGAUCUGUCUUCCGCUGUACCGUGUGCUCUCCGACACGUUCCCCUGGAUCCAGCCUCUAUAUAGCGGCACCUAUGAGAACCGACAGAGGUGGCAGGACCUGGCAGAGAAGGUGGAAAUGGGGCUCACGUGGAUAGAUCACGACACCAUUGACAAACCAAUUGAGGAGUUUACGACUUCCAACGACACGAUUAAAGACGUUGAGUUCACAGUCACAACUCUAAAUUGUCAACGGCCUGUAUCAGACACUGUAGCCCUGGUCAAGCCCUUCAAAACCCCAUUCCACUCCCUCAGACGAGGGAAGGCUUCCAGCGUUAACGUCAGACCUUCGAGGAAUAAACUUACUAGUUUCUUCCAGGUCUCUCUACGCGGCCCCAAACAAUCGCGAAGACCAAGAUCCAACAGUGAAGGAGAUCCCGCCGACGCAGCCACAGCUCCCGCAAACCAAGACACCUAAACAUAAAGGAAGGUUGUGUCAUAUGUUGUGACAAAGUUUGAACUGGGGCAGUCAAAACAGCACAGAUAAAAAGGACACAGAAUAAAGCCGUCCCAGUCAAUCGAUCAAUUAUGUCCUUAACAUGGUUUCACUUAAAAUAAACUGUUAAUUAUAUAUGUCUAAGCAAUGGCGCUGAUGUCAGCUGUCAUUGUCAUAAUAUGUCACAACUAACUUCAAAGUCUGUUUAUAACCAGUUGUUCAUUCGAUUUGUUAAUAUGACAAGAUCUAAUAAAUAACGACUAUUUGAUCGUCUAUAGUAAUCGUAAUUUCAUAGGAAUUAUUAAUGUCAGAGCAAUGGCGGCAGUGUCAGCUGCCGUUGUAAUUAUAAUUUAAUAACAUCAAAGUCAAAGAACAUACGAAAAUUUUACCUUCGAAACGUUCUUUAAUGUCAAUUACAAAAGAAAACUUAAGCAAUACUUAUGAAUGGGCUAUUUCAUUAGAAAAACCUUUUCAGGUUAUUUAUUAUAAAUUACCUAUACAAACUGUUAUCUUUAAUUCUGUUAAGUAUUGGCUUAAAAAUUAAAAUUCAUAAUUUCAAAAACCCGCCAGUAAACAAAUGUUUUAAGCGAUUAUUUUUAAUCUUUAAUACACAAAUACCAAUAUUAUUUUUCGAUCAAAAACAGUCUUCGACGAAUUUUACUCCAAGAUAGUAUUAUAUUAGUAUUAGACAGACGAAGCCAUAUUAUUAUUAUUUAAUUAUGGAUUUUCUAAUACAUUAAUGAUUAUUUACAAGUUAUUUUAAUCUAUAACGCCAUGUUUUAUACAGAUGACUCUCAAUAACAAUAUAUAUUUCAUACGUCCAAUAGCCUAUUCAGUAAGGGGUAUUGCCAUAUAUUAACAGUUUAUUUUAACUGGAAUCAGCUAUAGUCUUUGAUAUUUAAUCAAGGACUAUAGUUAAAAAUUCUAAAAUAGUUUGAUAAAUGUUAACUUUAAUAUGUACUUCGACUGAAGAUUUGUUCACUGCCUUCGUGACAUUUUAAACUGAUUUGUUUAUUUAUU